GCGGGAAACAUUAAGAAACUUGUUACUUGUUUGGUUAGGUUUCAGAUUCGUGUGAUUUUCGAAUUUCGGCGCUGUCCUGGGUUUUAUUCUCUCAGCUUAAUUUUUCCUGCCUGGCAAAGAGGUUUUGCUUCAUCAUUUCGACUGAUUUUAAGUUACUUUGAUUAUCCAACAAAAGGAAUUGAGGUGAGGUGAGGUUGUGGUUGAAAUUCGUUCAACAUAAGUAAGUUCAUGUUGGCAUUGAUUGGGAGUAAAAUCUGAUUGGAAUUUGAAUUGUAAUCAACGCUGGAAGAACAUAUCUGCUUGCACCACCUAAACAUCUCAAGCUUUUGCAGAAAGAGGCCUAGACCUGCAUAGAUGUAUUACCAAAGGAGCAGCAAUCAUUUGGGAUGAUUUUUGCGAGGUCCAGAGCAAAUUACGUUUGCAAAUGAAUCUUACAGUCAGUCAAAUCGAACUUUGAAUAGUCCAAACAUCAGUUGGGAAAAUUCAAGAUGAGCCAUCAAGACAAUGAUGCACAAUUGGAUACACACUUACUGACAGAUAUUUGGUCGACCUUGCAGGAAUUGGAAACACCCAGUGCUUUUGCGUUUAGUGCUGUGAGACCAUCCCUACCAAACCCUGGCCUCUUCAUUCCGCCUUAUGGGCUAGUUGGUCUACCUUUAUCCAAAGACGAUGCCCAGAAAAUCAUCUCACAGGCUCGUCAGUCCCCUUUUGGUAAAGGAGAAGAAACGGUAAUUGAUACUAGCGUUCGCAAAAGCUGGGAGCUCAACACAAAUCAGUUUUCGCUCAACAAUCCUGAUUGGAAAGAAACCGAGCAAGAAAUCUUAGAAUCUGUCAUCUUAGGACUUGGGCUCCCAAAGGGGAUGGGGAGAGUGUCAGCAGAACUGUACAAGCUCCUACUAUAUGAGCCAGGAGCAUUUUUUAAACCACACAAAGAUAGUGAAAAGGCUCCCGGUAUGUUUGCUACAUUGGUUAUUAGCUUGCCUUCUCCACAUGAAGGCGGGAAGCUGGUCAUGACAUUCAACGGUGAAAAGUAUGAGUUUGAGACAGCAGAUUUCUCUGCUUAUAGAUUUUCAUUUGCUGCAUGGUAUUCAGACAUCCUGCAUGAGGUUCUUCCCGUUAAGUCAGGUUAUCGACUUGUCCUGACGUAUAAUCUUAUUCGGCAAACUAACUUCGAAAUACCAUCAUAUGAUUUGGUUCGUGGAAGAGCACAACAACUCUCAAUGCUGCUGAAGCAGUAUGAUCUGCGUGUCUUGCAAAAUGAUGAUGAGUUACCAGCCAUCUUGAUUCAUAAAUUAAAACAUGAAUACACGCCAGCUAGUUUAAAUCUGAGAUCACUGAAACCACCAGACCUUGCCCAGGUGUCCACCCUCGCCCAGCUAGCAACGGAACUUGACUUCUGUAUUUUUCUUGCUACUUUGGAACUUAAAGUGAAUGCAGAUGAGGAAUAUGAUGAUGAUGAUUAUAAAGAGAAGGAAACACGCUUAAAAAACAUCGUUGACCUGGAUGGAAAACUGAUCCUUGAAGAGUUUGAUUGCCUGGAAGACGCUUUGAUUGAUGAAACUCCUCAAGAUGAAGAUAGGGAAGCUGACGAAUCAGUACAUGAGGGCUACACUGGGAACGAGGGUUGCCCAGUCACUUACUGGUAUCGCGACACUGUUGUGUUCCUUGUACCACCAUCCACAAAAUUCAGCUUUUUGUUCCGAUUCAGAUCAGAUGGAAGCGUUAUUGAGCCACUUUUCAACAGUCUGAUGAAAAAAUAUUCAAAUGGUCCUGCUCAAAAAUCUAAGUUAAAGAAACUCUGCAAACGGGCUUUAAAGCAGAAUAUUGGGCAAGGCCCUAUUCCUGACUUCUUUCAGCAAGCAGCAGCUACCGCUCUAGAUUUAGGUUGGUUCGAUCUUUUUGAAAAAGCGAGUGAGAAAACGAGGGGGAAAAUUGUGCUUGAUCACGCCCACAUGUUAGGUCGCUUAACUGCGAAAAACGGUGUUGCUGCAAUUAGUGAUCAGUUGAUGAAAGGUACACAAGCUGCAUCCUCUAUCCCCAAAAUGGUGCAGUUCUUGAAAGUAGUUGCUGAAGGUUUUGAGAAGGUUUUACCAGAGUCUGGUUCAGCAGAACGAGCUACUUUGAAGCAAUGGUCAGAUAAAGCAAUUUUCAGUGCUGCAGCCGAACUUACAACACCAACAAAAUCUGAUGCUGCUUCCUUAGCACAGCUAUGUAAAACCAUCGAUUGGAGUCUGUUUGAAACAGAGGUGAUGCCCAUCAUUAGCGAAGCAGCUGUAAUGUUUACGAUUUGGUUUAUCAAUGAGUUAAUAUCCAUCUUAGGGGAGGGACUAAGUAAUGAACAACAAUUAUUUAUUGAGAUCAUCGUUUGUAAUAUCUGGGAUUCGUUUGUUUUUAGUUGCAAGCAGGGAGGCUCAGCUUUCCAAAAAAAAGGAAAGUUUAAACGCAAAUGACAUACGGUGUAUUGUGGAGAAUACCAUGAAAAUUAUGCCCCCCGAGUUUUUUGAAACAACUAUCAUUCCUGCGAUGCUUAAGGCAGUCCCCAACAGUUCGAAAGAGUGUUCGAAGGAUGUUUUUUUCCCCCUCACACAAAUGAUUGUAAAAAAUGAAUUUUUGGGAUCCAGAUUGCCAAGAACUGAUUCUGAUCCUCCAUUAUUGCAUAAGCAGUUUGUUCAAGCUCUUUUAUUGAAAUAUCUGAUGGAUUAUGUUGGCCUUGAACCCCAAGCUCCGACAGAUUGGUCUGUAUCUUUGCCAAAACCCCGCUGGGGCUCACCAUGCAAGUGCGAGGAUUGCGCGGUGGUCCAUAGAUUCUUACAGAAUCCAGUUCAAAAUAGGCUUGAUUUAAAGCGCACACUAUCUCAUCACAAACAUCUUGACAGUAAAUUUUCCUCCCAUUACUUUUCUCACGAUAUAAGACCUUAUGACUGUGAAACAAUUAGAGAUGGAAGGCCAUUUACCUGGCGGAUCACCAAAAGUAGGCGCAGCUAUGAAAAUGCCAAAACCGAAUGGAUCAGGAAUACUAAAACUGCCGUACAAAUGAUGCAUGAAUUGAAAUCAAAUGAAUCAGCUGAUGGAAAA